AUUUUUAUUUGUCAAUUUCAUUCAUUUGUUUUUAUUUGUUUCCUUUACUCACCUCCACUUGACCUCAUCUUUGUCAUUUUCUCCCUACCUGUCUUCUUUCCUUUGUCCUUUCCACUGUGGCUUCUUUCUAGAUUUGCUUCAAAUGUAGACGCAAAGGAAGGGAAAGAGUGGAAAGAGGGUAAGGAAUGGAAAGAGCUCAAUAAAGAAGGCAAAGAGGUAGAGCCGAGCAGGCCUAUGUCAGUGAUGAGCUCGCUCAGCUACAGAAAACGCUCCAACAUUGAUGGCAAAGGGGAAGCCCUCUUCAGUUCCCUCAGGGAGAAUACAGACUCAGAAGAUGCUUUCCAUAAGGGUAAACCUAAAAACUCUGAUCUUCAGCAUGACUCAAUGAACUCCAGGCGGAAGUCCCAGGCAGAGGAUACGCUGAAGGACAGAGAUUCAGUCAUCUCACAGGCUUAUUCAGAGGCCAAUAGCCGAGCCAGGAAAGGCAUGGACAGCCGCUGGGGGGACUUUGACAAAGAAUCAGUCGUUUCAUACGCUGCACCAAGUCGGGCCUCAACGCGUCUUGGAUUGAGCCCCGAGAAUGACGCCAAAUCUACCAUCAGUUUAGGUCUAUCAAGCCCACUGGGACGCCACCAAAGCACCUCACGCUUAGAUGAGAGCAGAGGCGGGCGCUCAGUUUAUGGUAGCAGUCCCAGCAGCCCUUGCUUCAGCAGACGGACCAGCGGUCGAAGCCCUGGGAGCGUUAGCCGAGCUGAUUCCCACAUGUCCCUGGCACGUAGCAGCCGCCUGAGCGAGUUUGGCGUUGAUAUUGAUGAUAGUCGCAGCGUGGCUUUUACCGAGAGAUCAGCAUACAGUCCUCACUCGUCCACUGGCCGCAGUGUCUCCAUGCCUCCAUCACAGGCCAGAUCAUCAACUACCGAUAAUGACCCAAAUGAUAACAUGGAUAUCAAAACAGUCAGUCAUCGCAACUACCUCGACCCUGACCUGGAGAAAGCCAUCAACGAGGUUCUGAGUUUCAAACCUAUCAAGUUUAAGCGUACGAGCUUGGAAGACUCUGAGGCUGACGAAGACAAGUCCAAGAAUGAUAAUGACGACAGCAAAAGUAUCCGCAACGGAGACGUUGGUCGCCCUGCCAGCAGUCUAAGACGUUCUGCAUCGGCGGUGGACUGCACCAGAGCUCCCCGCAGCGGCACCAGCUACAGCAGUCGCCAUCGCAGCAAGAGCAAAGGCAAGAGCAAGAAGAAGAAGAGAAGCCACAGCUCAGAGUCCGACAGCUCAGGAGACGACCGUCGCCACAGGAGCAGCUCCAGGAGCAGCUCCAGGAGUAAGUCCAAGAAGUCCAAGAAAAAGUCCAAGAAGAGGGCCGAAACUUCGUCUUCUUCCUCGUCUUCUGCGUCUUCAGAUUCUGAAUCGGAUUCAGACUCGAGCUCCGGUGCUUCCACCAUUUCCUACCGUAGCUCCAACAGUGUGAAGAGGGCCCCGGUACGAAAGACUUCCAGCCCAGAAAAGGAAGAAGAAGAAGAAGCUAGGCCACCGAGUGGGGGCCUUAACAAAAAGGAUGAAAAGAAGAGGAAAAAGAAGGUUGACAACCUGAUGUUGAAGUACCUGUACCGGGCGGACAGUGACUGAGGCAGGCACACCGCUGGCCGGAAAUACUACUACUUCGAUAGGUCUGAUGAAGAGGAGGAAGAAGAAGAGAAGGAAGGCGGGGGGGCGACCCAGGGCUCUAACUCCCGUGACAGAAACAGCAGCCAAAUGAAAGAGGACGAUGGCGAGGACGGGCCUUUUGAGACUUCGUCGUAGUCCUCGCUUUCAGCACCUCUGAACGCACCCUCUCGCACUGUGACAGUUUGUCUUGCAUGCUAAGUUGACCAUGAUUGCGGUCACAACCACACACUAAAUAACACUCAACAAGAGCUUCCUACGGUAAGGCAGAUCCUCCGGGGAUUGGUCAUAGUUUGACAGACUUUCAUCAGUCUCUGCUCAGUGCACACACAGCAGCUCCGUUAUUCUCCACUCCGCUGGUCGCAUGCAGGCAGCAGUCGCUCGGCUGUAUGGUUGUAAGUGAGCCAAAGAACUUGAGGUUGAAAUGAUAAUCUUUGUCUCUUUCACGCUUCCUCUCUUCGUAACAUAUAUUACACCACAAUAAUAUGUAUUGCCAUAGUACAAUGUAUUGCCAAAAAGCCUUUGUUUCAGCACGUGAGCACACUGUUUUUACUUCUUGCCAAUUGAGUCCUGAGAAAAGUCCCAGCAGCCUUUAUUUUCCCUUCUCGAUCUAAUUUCCAUUUCGAGUUCCAAGUGCCAUCUGAUGUAAGUGUUCUCCUCUGCAGCUGUGGCAUUUCAUUCACUGCUGCACUGUAUGCUCUCAUCAUCUGCUCACUAUCUGUUUGCCUGAGAACGUUUUUCUGCCGUUUUGCUGGUAAAUGAUCUCUUCCUCAAAUGGGAGGACAAUAGCGACACUAACUGUUCUGCUAUAAAAGCAUUUGAAUCUUUUGUUUUAAUGUUUGAUAGAUUUGUUUGCAGAGGACCGCCGUAGAUCAAAUUCAUUUCCAUGAUGUUUGAGCUUACCUCUGCAAAAGACCUUGCCUUACUUUUAAUUCGACUUGAUUUGACUAAAUAAUUUCCGGAUUUUGUGGGUGUGUCCUUGUGCUUGUCUUUUUACGUGUCGUCUGUGUUUUGAGUUCACUGAGCUUUCUUUUCCACGGGGAAUGUACCUGACUUUGGGCACCUUGUCAUUUAUAUGGUAUCCUCAACCAGCAUGUUCAAGGAAGUAACUGGUGUUAUUCUAUAUUUGUCUUAUAGUCAGCAAAUCACAUGGGAGGACCAAAACCAACAAUCUAUUUUCUAGACCUUAGUAUAUGUGACCAAAUUAUCUGAGUUUAAAUACUUGUACUUUCAACCAUCAGCUAAUUGGUUCCUUCCUUUAAAGCCCUACAAAAAUAAGUUUUCGAUUUUCAAAAACGUUCAGUCAUUUACUAAAUUGCCAGCCACUGUAGUUGUAAAGCAACUGGGAAUGCGUUAGUCAAUAAUAAUGUCUCAGCUAGCUUGUUAGCUUGUUUGCUAACUGGACAAUACUAUUAUUCACAUUUGAUUCAGGAGCCAGAUAAAGUGCACAGUGCAACGCCACAAUUAGGCUUUCCAUAAAUAUAAUUCAAGCAAAUUUCAACCAACACGUAGGAAAACCUUUCCCUCAACACCGUGUAAUCCAAAUGCUUCUACUCAUUGCCUCUCAGAUAGUUUUGUAUCAUAAUAAUUCAUCAAGCACUGUUAGCUAGUUUUCUGAAUUCAGCGCUAGCGGCUAGCACAUUAGCCUAGCUUACAGAUAAUGCGGCAGGACCUUCAAUAGGCCAGAGUGAUGUCAUUUAAACAUCUUUACAGAUACAAUUAUCACAUUUGUGUACCAUAUGCACUCAUUUUGAACAAGUGACAGCCCUCUCAACAUCUUAUGAUAGUUUUUGUCAGCAGCAUUUUAUAUUGCUUUUCAAUGGAGGAAAUUGGACUGUAAGAAUCGACCAAAGUAACACGUAAAUCAACCACUAAUUUCAUUGUUUCCAUUGAGAUCGAUUGAUCUUUCAUUGUCUUUUCAUGAUGACAUAAGACAACUAUUGAAUAUCACCGGUCCUCUCCUUCGAGCCUCAUUGUGUACUUGACUUCAAUAACUGGACACACACUACAGCCUGUAUAACCCAUAAUGUGAAAUCAUGUUCAGUGUAGAUGAGGCCUGCUUAUUUGUCAGGUUGUCUUUUUUAACCCAAUGAUGCCUCGAAACAGCAAGAGAAUAGGAACCUGCAAUUUCAUGGCUGCUAAAGUGUUACAUCCCGAGCUUGUGUCAUCUGUCUGGUAUUUGAGGAACAUUUAUUUAUAUUUGCGAAACCUUUUACAGUCCAGGAGAGCUUGAUGUGGCAUUUGGGGCUGAAAAAAAAUGUGUGAAUGUUGUUCAUUAUGGGAGAAGUUGUUAUUCUACUAUACAUGCUUUUCUUAUACUCAUGUCUUCAUUUUUAUUCUCUAUGCAGACAACACAAGUAUGGAAAUGUGUUUUUGACCUUAUUGAUAAAAGUUUCUCGCUUCAACAGAAAAAAAACAAAAGCGCGGCAUAAUAUUGCUGACUGCACACCGUAUUUAUAUAUAAAUAUGUGUAUGAUUGAUGCUAGCUUUGAAAAUAGUUCAUGUUUAUUUUCAUUAUUGAACAAAUUGACCACUUGUUAUACAUUUUGCAUUACAGUUUAAUAUAUUGUAAAUAAAUGAUGGUGAUUGUUUUAAAACGCA